ACACUUCCGCUCUGUGGCGUUGUUCCUCAUUCUGGACUUCAAACAUUUUGAGCCCCCCAAAAAACCCUUUGAUCGUUUUGAUCUACCUUUGAUUGAUCGCGUUUUUCAGACCUUUUCCCGCGAUGGAUGACGACAUAAGCUCCACAACUGAAGAGGUGAAACUCCAGCAGGGCCCAGCAGAGAACCAGCUGGACUUUAUGGACUCGCAGAACUUCAUACAGGACGCCGACACCACCAAGACGUUCGAUCUGGACGACGAUGAUAUCCUGGACCUGGCCGGAGGAGCGCGGGAUGCUCUCGCCAGACACCGAGCCACGAGCCAUCCGGAGCCGGACACCGAGCGGCUGAGCCCCGCGGGGCUGGAGAGCCGGACCAAAUUAGAAGAUCCAGCCAAGAAGGCAGGACCUGAUGUCGAACCGGUCCAGACCGCAUCCAAAUGCAGAGCACCGUCUGCACUGGUAGAGCUGGUGUACUGGCGCGACCUGCAGCGGACCGGAAUCUGUUUCGGCGCGAGUCUGUUCCUGCUGCUCUCUCUGAGCGCGUGUAGCAUUGUUAGUGUGUUGGCGUACAUCUCGCUGGCGCUGCUGUCCGUCACCAUCUCCUUCCGGAUAUACAAGGGCAUCGUCCAGGCUGUGCAGAAGUCUGAGGAUGGACACCCGUUCAAAAUGUAUUUGGAGCAGGACAUCGCGAUUUCCUCGGACGUUGUGCAUAAAUACAGCGAGCUGGCCCUGGGGCGCUUUAACACCGCCGUGAAAGAGCUGCGCCGCCUCUUUCUGGUGGAGGACCUGGUGGACUCUCUGAAGUUUGCGGUACUGAUGUGGAUCCUUACGUACAUUGGUGCUUUAUUCAACGGCCUGACACUCAUCAUUAUUGCUCAUGUUGCAGUUUUUACCUGGCCAGUAGUCUAUGAGAAACACCAGGUGCAGAUUGACCAUUACUACGGACUGGUGAACAACCAAGUCAAAGAUGUGAUAGCAAAGAUCAAGGCUAAGAUCCCCGGAGCGAAACCCAAAAGUGAAUGAAGAGCCGGAGGAGGGCGACUGUGAGGGAGUGAGAGGAGUGUGCUGAGGAGGAAUUUGAGCGAUGGUUUAGAGCGGUGGUUCUCGGUCCUGGUCCUGGAGCACCGCUGCCUCCUUCAUUUGAGAGUUUCCACUGUUCCCGACGUACCUGAUACUACUAAUGAUCUAAUUAACAAGCCUGAGGAGAACAGGGAGAAUUCUACAACAUGCAGGGGGUAGAGCUCCAGAACCUGGAGGAGAACCACUGGUUUAGAGGGGCAGUUUAAGCAGUGCGAUUUCAGAACAAGGCCUUAGACAUUGCAAUGUAAAAACACACACACACACACACACACACACACACACACACACACACACACACACACACACACACACACACUUUUACUCACCAUUGUCACUGGCUAAACUGCUCUUUCACAAUAGUUCCAGUACUUUAGUUAUUUUGAAAUUAACAGCUUUAGUGAAGAUAAUUUAAGGCCAGAAGGUCAGUAGAGAUGAAGCUCAUGGGAUUUUCCUGUCCGCUGAAGCCUUUAAAUGAGGUCAGCUGAUUGUUUUCCAGUUUUCCUCCUUUCCGAAGGAGUAAAAAGGGCGUUCGGAGUUUAAUCAGCCUCAGUUUUAGCCGUUUUUUUUUUGUUUUUUUUUGUUUUUUUCGUAUUCAUAGAACUGCUGGUGCUGAUAUAGAGGUGUGAAUUUUGAGUGAGAAAUUGAGUGACCAGCGUCUGUUUUCCACUGUAGGUCAUGUGCUUAAUUUUUUAUUUUAUUUCUCUGUGCUUUAUGGAAAGGGCUCUGUUACAUCAUGACGCCAACCAUUUUACCAUUUUAGUCAAGUGGAAUGAGUAGGGAACAGAAAAAAGCGAAAAUCUGGAGAUAAAAAAAUAAAGAAAUUGCUGUUAUUUUGUCACUUCAUUACUUUAGAGCUGCCUUUAGUAUCAAUGCAAUCAUUUACGCACCAUGCUGUCUCCAUUGUGGACCGAAUAUCUGAAACGGUACAAAGCUCUUAGCGUAAAUUUCAACCAAAUUCAAGCACUGUUUGUUAUGCAGGUCAUUCAAAAUGAUACUUCAUGAAAAAUUCUUUGCUGAAAUGCUGAAUGCAUUGUGAAACUUAAACCAUUACGAAUAAAGCUGUAGACAAACUAAGAA